AUGUCUCUCGUGCCACGCCUGGCUGUUAGGAAAGCUGAGAGGGCUAAUCCAGGGAAGAAGCUCUGGAAGGAAGUCAAGGUCGAGAAGCGGGGUGAUGGAUUCACAAUACUCCUCGACAAACAGCCGAUCCGAACACCCCUCAAGAAACUAAUUGUCGUUCCAGAGAGCAAGCCGUUGCUCGCCGAUGCAAUCGCUCUAGAAUGGAGUCUUCUACACAGCUCAAAGGAUGCUCUUACGAAACGUUAUAGAAUACCGCUCACCCAGCUCGCCGCAAGAGUGAUUGACAUGCGCGAACCGAACGCCCGAACGCCUUCACGAGAUACCACUAUCUCAAACGUGAUGCGUUACCUCCACACCGACACAUUAAUCUUCUACGCUCCCUCAACGCUAGAGGAACACCGCGACCCGAACAAGAAGACUCUCCGGGAACUUCAAGUGGCGGAAGCAGAGCCCAUCGUUGAGUGGCUAACAACUGUCCUCUGGCCCGGUACGAAAAUCGAGUACAACGACGGAGAUUUAGGCUUCGUGGUCAUCGCACACCAACUGCCUGAGACGGUGAAAGCUAUAAGGGAAUGGUUGGAGGGAUUGACGGAUUGGGAUUUGGUUGCACUGGAAAUAGCCACAAUGUCGAGCAAGAGUUUCUUGAUUGGUGCGAGGUUGGUAGCGGAGUGGAGUUCCGACGUUGGGGUCGGAGAGAAGAGUUGGGGGAUUGAAGAGGCGGCUAGAGCCGCGAGCGUCGAAGUCAGGUAUCAGACAGAGAUCUGGGGAGAAGUCGAAGAUACACAUGAUGUGGACAAGGAGGAUAUAAAGAGGCAGUUGGGAGCUGCUUGGCUGAUAGCCCUGGGUGCCGAGAAGUAA